AUGCUCACUGGAUUUUAUUGGAUUAUUUUAUUGACAAUCAUUUAUAUUUAUGGUUUCGACAAGUACAUAUCUCUAGUAAAUGGGUUUAACAUCGAUUUAAAAUCUCCACUACUCAAAACCGGACCAGAUGGUUCUAGUUUUGGUUUUUCUUUAAUGGGAUAUACUCAUUUUUCAGGACAAAAAGGGGUGGUCAUAGGAUCUCCAACAGAAGGAAACAACGGUGGACUGUUUUGGUGCCCACUCCUUAGGAGCACCUGUAGUCGAAUCGAUAUUGAUUUAGAAAAAGAAACUCAUAUGCAACCUGGACUAAAUGGAGCUCUCCUAGGAUAUUCAAUGUCUUCAGCUUUUAACAACAGCCGAGGACCGAUUACUGUUUGUGCACCUCGUCUUUCAUGGUCAUCAGCAGCAUCUGUUUAUUUACCUGGUGGUUGCUUUGAAUUCAAUGAACGUUUAGAAGAGCCUCAAUUAAAUCCUGCACCAAGUGCAAUAUGUUUAAAUGUUGAAGGUUCAGAUAAAUCAAUUGAUCUGAGAUAUUGUACAUUUGGUGCAUCAGUUAAUCAACAUCCUAAUAGGCCAAAACAAUUAUUUAUGGGUGGUCCACAUUUUUAUUUUGAGAAAGGCGUUGGGGCUUCAGUGAAUACAAACACCUUUGAGCGCGUGAUUACCUCAAUUGAAGAUAUUCCUUCAAAUACGCUUCUUGGUUCAUCUGUUGACACUACCGAUCGAUUGUAUGCACCAUUACCGGGAUUAAAAUCAUAUGAACUGUAUGUAGCUUAUGGUGGUCCAGGUGUACCAAGUAGUGCUGUAAAUGGCUUCAUUGAUAAAACAACAUUCGGCACUGGAAUCGUAUUAAUAUUUCAAAGUAAUAAACAGAAUGGUAAAAAUAAUAUCAAACCAUUAAUGAGAAUAGAAGGACAAAGUUUUGGCAGUCGAUUUGGUCAUUCGCUUAUAUUUCUCGAUAUUAAUGGAGAUGGUUGGGAUGAUUUAAUUGUCGGCGCACCUUAUCAAUAUUCCAACACUACUGUCGGUGGACAUAGAAGACAUGGAGCAGUGUUUAUAUUUUUAAAUAGACAGUCAUAUUUUUAUACACCAGUGGAUGAAGUCAGUGGCUUGGAGUUGUUUAGUUAUAAUCAUCCGGAAACUUAUCAAAUAAUUACACCUCCAUCUCAUAAUUGCGGUAAUUCACAUAUUCCUGGAUUUGGAGCGACAAUUACAAAACUUGGUGACAUUAACCACGAUGGUUUUCAAGACUUUGCCAUCGGUGCUCCUUAUGAAGACAACGGUGGUGCAGUCUAUAUAUAUCAUGGAAGUAAAUCUGGAAAAAUUCAAAAACCAACGCAAAUAAUUUGUGCAAAUGACUUGCAAAGUCCAAGACCAUUAGAAGGAUUCGGAUUUUCACUUGGAUUGAAUGGCGCCGACUUAGAUGAAAAUGGUUAUCCGGAUAUGGCGAUUGGAGCAACUGUAUCUAGCUCUGUUGCAGUGUUACGGGCUAGACCUGUGGUCAAGCUAAGCGCAUAUUUAACAUUAAUGGAUGGUAGUACUAUUCUGCCUAGUUCAUUAAAUUCAUUAAUGGAUUGUACUCAUGAAGCUCAAUCAAUUACUGGAUAUAAAGCUCCGUCAGCUAAAUGUAUUGAUAUGAAAUUAAUUCUCACAUACACCAGUGUUGAUGGUAAGCUUUGUAAUCCAUAUAAAACGUAUCCAGUAUCAAUUUUAUUAAAAUAUAAUCCAACUAAUGAAUGGAUUUCAGAAGGUUGGGAACAAAUUUCACAAAACUAUUCACCAGAUUAUGAUAAUAAAUGCACCUAUAAUCAAUAUUCAACAAUAAUUUCUAAAAAUAUUAUGAAAGAAUUUUAUAAAAAUUAUAGUUUAUCACCAAUUGUCUUUAUAAGAGAGAAAAGUUUAUCAAAUAGUGAAACAAUUGUUAAAGAUUAUUUUAAACGUAAUGAAUCUGCUUAUUUAACGGGUUACGAUAGUCCUGGUGGAUAUUUACAAUUAGAAGGAAAUGCUUUUUGUCGUGAUCUAAACAAAAUACAAGACAAAAUACCAUUCAAUCAAGAUGAAUUGAAUUUAGCCAGUACAUUACGAAUAAUAUUUCGAGACACAUAUCUGAUUGAUCAAACCGAACGUUUAAAAAUUGGUAUUAAAUGGAUUGCCAAAAUGACUGAACCAUAUCCAUUAGCUGAUCAAAUUGACGAGUAUCCUGUUGCUGAUCCACGUGAAAAUACUGAACUACUUCAGAUAUCUUUUGAUAAUCCUUGUGCGAUUCGACAAUGUUGCCCAACCAUAAGAGUUAGCUAUAAUGUGAAAGUAACCAGAGAUAAAAAUGGACCUGUUGUUUAUGUGGGUGAUGAUAAUAAUCAAACAAUUGAAUUAUCCGUUCGUGUAACAAAUAUUGGCAAUGAUUUAGUUUAUGCUACUGCACUAGUUAGUAAUUUUCUACCAAAUUUAUUGGAACUUGAUUCAACUCUAAAAGAAGCUAGUUUAAUUCAACCGGACACAGCAAUAUGUCAUCUUCAAUAUCCAUUAGCUUCUGGUGAAUCAAGUGAAUGUAUGAUACGAUGGUUGGUAAUCGGGCAUCAAUUAACUGUACAAAUGGCUAAAUUUCAUGUAAAUAGUACUGUACUAAUAAGUUCGAAUAAUCCCAUACAAGUUGAAGGACAAUUAACUAAUGAACUACAAGUAAAUAUUAAAAUGAUUGUCAAUGUUUCAGUAUUUGGAAUAACUGAACCGAAUACAAUUUACUUUAGUGGAAAUGUUAGUGACGGGAUUAGUUCAAUGUCAGCAGAAAAUCAAAUUGGUGAUGUUAGAAUUGUUGGGAAAUUUACUGUACGAAAUUUACGUAAACAUAGUUUAAUACCAGCAUCACGUCUGAUCAUCGAUUGGCCUUUUGAAUUCUCUGGGCUUAUCAAUGAACCACAUGGAAAAUAUCUUCUCUACUUACUUGAAAAUCCUUAUGUAAUUCAACAUGCGCUCCCAAUUCCUGGUCAAACAGGGGACAAUGGAACUAGUGUUGUUUGUGAUUCUCAGGCAUUACAGAAAGUUGUUAAUCCACAUAAUUUCCGAAUAUUUUCUAGAUUAAGAAAAUCAAAUGAUGGUGUACCUGUACGAACUGCGCCAAUUAAUAUCCCUUCAGAGAACCUUUCUCGGUAUCCCCCACUAUCAGACAAAAUGAUUUUGGAAUCAGUUCCUGAUCGUUUAACAGAUUCAAAGAAAUUAGUUGAUCGAAAAAUGACUACAAUUAGUUGUUAUAAUGGACGUAUACGAUGUGUACCAAUUGUUUGUGAUUUAGGCAAGUUAUCCUAUAAAGCUGGACCAAUUACACUUGAAUUUAUCGCUAGACUCUGGGAAAAUACAAUGCGAGAAGACUUUUUAAAAGUAUUUUUAACUAAACUACAUCUGACUGCAACAUGGAAAGCUGAUGUUAAAUAUGGCAUAGAUCUUGGCGGUUCGGAUUAUGCGCAAGACACAAUUGAAGUUCAUAUAUUUAAUAAUUUGGAGCAAAAACCAAUCCCUCCAAAAUAUAUGGCGCUAUACAUAGGAUUAGCUGUAUUUGGAGGUUUAUUACUCUUAUCCAUCCUAGUUAUUAUACUUUACAAAGCUGGUUUCUUUAAACGCAAACGUUUCAUGCGAAGACGAACAAAAGUACCGCCUACAGAACCAACUCAAAGACUUGGUCAAUACACUUCAACUGAACCAAAGCAAAGACAACCGUUGGUUUCGCCAAUUCAAACAAGCUAUCAUGACGAUAGAAAAAUCAGUUCAAGACGAACAAAUUAUCAUCCAGUGCCUAAUACACAAGAACCAGCCUACCGUAGGACACCUUAUUCACCUUCAUCUGACUUCCCUAUUUCACAUAAAUAG